AUGCCCUGCGAAGCAGCAACGACGGAGAUGGCCAUGACUGCAGGAGGCGACGGCGACUGGUCGACGCUGUCGAGGGAACCGACAAACGAGAUGAUUCUCAACACUGGCAUCUCCGCCGAGGGCAACGACACCAAAGGCGCAGCAGCGGCACGGCUCGGCGCCUUGGUGGACCAGACGACCGACGCAUGUUCCCAACGAUGUGAUUCUCCUCGGCAUCAUCAUCGACACGUGCGACAAAGUGCAGGCGCCGGCGAUCAGACGGUUUAUGGCAUGGAUGCCCGGUGA